UUCCCGGCGGCCCUCGCGGCAGGUUCCGGGCAUCGGGAGGGUUGGAGAUGGCGGGUGCUGGUUCUGCUGCUGUGUCCGGGGCAGGGACCCCAGUGGCAGGGCCCACAGGCCGCGACCUUUUUGCCGAGGGGCUCCUCGAGUUCCUGCGACCGGCUGUGCAGCAGCUCGACUCCCACGUCCACGCCGUCAGAGAAAGCCAGGUAGAGCUCCGGGAACAAAUUGACAACCUAGCUACGGAACUUUGCCGAAUCAAUGAGGAUCAGAAGGUGGCUUUGGAUCUUGACCCCUAUGUUAAGAAGCUGCUUAAUGCCAGGCGACGGGUUGUUUUGGUUAACAACAUUCUACAGAAUGCUCAGGAACGGCUGAGGCGGCUAAACCACAGUGUUGCCAAGGAAACAGCCCGCAGGAGGGCAAUGUUGGAUUCAGGAGUUUAUCCUCCGGGUUCCCCAAGCAAGUAGCAAGACAGAAGAUGGUAUGGGACCUGAGUAGCACAAAUACUGUUACCCAGUUGACUUGUUUCAACAGACAUGAGAAGAUUCAGGGAAACAAUUUUUGUAGACUUUGGACACCAAAAUGACAGCCCUGUUUAAAGCACUUACUUAUAUAGGGAACCCAGGAAACCUGUGUGCAGUAGGACUCAAGUUCCCAGAGGAUUUACAUUACAGUUCUUGCUCCCUUCCAAGAAUGAACUGAGGCUUCUACAUUUUUUUAAAAACUACAAACUUAAGGCCCACCUUUUUCAGGCCUAGUUAACCAGAGUGGAGCAUCUUUUGUUACACAUUUGGUUACCUGGAUCCAGGCAACAGGUCCUCUACCUAUGACUUUUUUGUUUACAUGAGAAUUUAGAGCAGGCAAAGUCAAGGUGACCUCUCCCCACCCUCUUUUGUUGAUUGCACUGGCUUGAAUAGCAGUACUGCUAGAACCAUUUAAUUCAAUAAAUGCUUAAACAGUA